AUGUUGAGCCACCUCCUUGCAGUCAGCGCGAUUUUUGCUGGUGCGAUGGCCGCCCAGUGCCCGAACCACCCACAUCUGGAUCUGUGCUCUACACACUCGACUUCGACAACCUUGGAGGAGGUUGACAUCAACCACGGAGCUCGCAACUCGGCCCGGAUUGCGAUGGCGCUGCCUUUGGUGGCUGCUCGGCCAUCCUUUGCCACCGGACUGUUGGUGAUGGUGGCAGCCUCGGUGAUGGGUGUUGAUGCCCACGAUCACGGCAUGUCCUGCGGAAAUGUCCGCACCUUCUACCAGGCCCAAAACUGCUGCUCUGAGGGCGAGACGUCCGUGGCGUUGGACUUCAGCACCAGCGAGGGCGGCAGCUUCAGCAGCUCCGUUUGUGGGGCGAGCAGCCCUGCGGGGGUGUGCGACUGUGCCAAGGCCAUGCAGCUGCUUGCACAGGUGCCGGGUGUGCAGUUCCCCGCCGAGUUCUGCUCCCAGAUGGCCGAUGUGAAGCCCGUGGGCUAUCAUGACCAGCCAAUCUGCGAGGCCUCCGAUGCUGGCACGAACCCGGACUACCUGGUAGAUGGCAAGGCUGGCAACACCAACUUCCCGCACGGCAACAUCAAGGUGCUUGCCACAGUGGGCGAGGUUGACCCCAGGACAGGAUCCAUGCUCACAGGCGUCCCAGACGGACUGGGGGCAUACUUGAAAGAUGCCGACACGGUGCGGCUGAUCUACCAGAGCGAGGCAUACGGCCAGCUGGUCACCUCCAACCCAGAAUCGUACCCUUGGAUGGUGAACGGCAACACUGCUAGCUUUACGGGCUCCCACAUCCAUUUUAUCGACUACGACAGAAGUAUGCUCGCCACCUUCAUGGACGAUGGGGCACCCUCCAAGGCUCAGGGAAUGGUGAAGGGUGCUGGCAACGCGGUGACGAUGGCCUACAACCUGAAACGGGAGCCGGUGGGGCCACGGAACCGCACCGGGGACGGCUUGCAGCCAACGACCUCCAAUGUGCAUGAGAGCAACGUGGACAUUGAGGGCAACUAUAUCGUUGGAAAGACCGCUGUGGCCCCGACCAAGGCGGACUGGCUCAUGCAGUCUCUUUGCUCCGCCCACCUGGAGGUACGGCAUCAGUGGGGAAACGGCAAGGGCAUGGAGGACGACCUCUUCAUCACCAACGAGGAGUGGAUCGCGUACCCUGACGCUUCCUUGCCUAUCGGCCUGCCUGUUCAUGUUCUGAACCUUGCCACGGGCGAACUCUGGGCCACGGCUGUUUUCACCCUCGGUGGCCAUGAGAAGGUCGUGGAAGUGAACAGCGGCCACCAGGACUACGUGGCCUUCGUUCCCUCCGGCUACAACGGCAAUUUUGGCUUGAGCGGCGGUGCCUCACUGGACGCCCGCAAUGCUGCCUACACCCGAACGGAUGCACAGCCGUACGUCUGGCCGCGAGACAUUGUGCCCACAAAGCUUUACAUCGGCAAGAAGAACACGAACAAAGAUGGCGCCGUCGACACCACGGAUUUCCUCGCCAGAAACGGCUUCGAGUACGGAGCACUCUAUGGCUUCGCCGUCGACUGUGGCACCGUCACAACCCGAGAUGCCUGGCACAAGACGGCGUCUCCGGGUGACACCGUGACGGGCGCCUUCUACAAGCUGCGAUGGCAGGCGCAGCGCGGCGUGGUGCAGGGCUUCGAGCACGAUGGAAGUUGGGAGUUUCAGGACGACCCUCAGGGUGCCCCCGCCGGCUGGUGCUUCUGGAAUGCGAAUGGCAGGGAUGCUCCCGGUGCAAAAACAGAGCACGUGUCCCCCGACCCGCGGGGGGGUCAUCGCGUGUUGCAAGGUUCUACAGCCGGUUACUUCGGGAUCUACGACUUCUCGGACCUGCCUUCCCUCCUGUCCGCUGGUACCUUGCCCAACUCCAUCCCUGCCACCUACACGGUGCACCAGCCUGAGUCCGACGUCGUGGACUUGAUCGAGCUGGGCGGUGCUGGCAUCCGCGCAGACGGGAUGCGGGACAGCUCGAGGGACAAGAGCACCUUCGAGGAUGUAGAUGGCAUGGAGUGGAUCGCCGCGGCGAAUGGCGAGGACUACUUCGUGAUCCACGAGGACGGCGGCAACUGGUAUGGCGAGCGCAAGUUUCUGGCCAAGGUGGGUGUCCCGAUGAAGUACUACUUCGUCGCGCAGAGUGGCGGCCGCGCGAACACCCGCGAGCUGGCGGGAGUCAGCUCCGUGGCCGGCGUGAAUGCUGGCGCAGGGUCCCAUGAGUUCUCGGGUGCUUUCGACCUCUCGGGACUUCUUCGCAAGGAUGCUUCGGGCAACUUCGAGCUUCUGGUGGGUGACGUCACUGGCAAGAAGCGUCAGCUGGAGGCCGCCACGCCCAUCAACGAGAAGACCAUCGCUGUGAAUCUGCAAGCCCACUCGAACAAGGCUGGCAUUGCGGCCACCUUUGGGGCGGACCGCGUCGCGCAAGUCUUGGCAUACAAGCCCCUUGUCCCUGCGUAA